GAGGUUGAAAAAACCAUCAUUUGCUACGAGGAAGAGCUCGAUGCUCAGCGCAGGAUGAUGGGGAUCAACUGGAAACCAGAAAUUAAGCUACACAGAGUCGGUUCGGAGCUGCAGAGACAAAGUUCUGGUCGUGGGGUCAGCAGCCUAAGUAGGGAGGCCCAGACUUCGCUCUCCCUAGCCACUUGUUCCAGCAACUUCGGGGAAAUCCAAGGCAUUUCCAGGCCAGCAGGGAAACCUAGUCGUGCCCUGAGUCUUCCAGAGCCUCCUCCCUGUGAGAGUGGGCCCAGAACACCUCGCCAGGGAGGCAUCCUAACCAGAUGCCCGAGCCACCUCAACUGGCUCCUCUCGACAUGAAGGAGCAGCGGCUCUACUCUGAGUCCCUCCUGGAUGAUCGAGCUUCUCACCCUAUCUCUAAAGGAGAGCCCAGAAACCCUAUGGAGAAGACUCAUUUCAGCUGCUUGUAUCUGUGAUCUCGUUCUUUCACCUCCAACAGCCAAGUGUCUCCAAUGAGGAGGAAGCUCCUGGCAUCCAACAAGUCUGGAGCCUGGCAAUUCAGUCCAAUCAGGACCAGAAAGAAGCAGAAGAUCAGUGGACUGAAGAGGUACAGAUGGAACCAGAACCAAAAAGGAUUAAAAAAGAAGAAAACAAACCAGAACCUACACUGCUCAAUCAUGAGGAAAUAGAAUAUCCACUAAUAUACGUAAGAAAGGAGGAGCUAGAUUCUUCAGGGCUUCAACUUGAACAGCAACCACCAGAACAUUUACCAACUGGACAGGACCAGAAGGACCUCUGCAGCAGUCAGGAGGGAGAGCAGCUUGUCCAGAAGGAAGCUGAGCCCAGAAUGAUGGGGAUCAACUGGAAACCACAAAUAAAGCUGCACAGAAUUGGAUCGGCGCUGCAGAGACAAAGUUCUGACCUCCAACAGCCAAGUGUCUCCAAUGAGGAGGAAGCUCCUGGCAUCCAACAAGUCUGGAGCCUGGCAAUUCAGUCCAAUCAGGACCAGAAAGAAGCAGAAGAUCAGUGGACUGAAGAGGUACAGAUGGAACCAGAACCAAAAAGGAUUAAAAAAGAAGAAAACAAACCAGAACCUACACUGCUCAAUCAUGAGGAAAUAGAAUAUCCACUAAUAUACGUAAGAAAGGAGGAGCUAGAUUCUUCAGGGCUUCAACUUGAACAGCAACCACCAGAACAUUUACCAACUGGACAGGACCAGAAGGACCUCUGCAGCAGUCAGGAGGGAGAGCAGCUUGUCCAGAAGGAAGCUGAGCCCAGAAUGAUGGGGAUCAACUGGAAACCACAAAUAAAGCUGCACAGAAUUGGAUCGGCGCUGCAGAGACAAAGUUCUGACCUCCAACAGCCUAGUGUCUCCAAUGAGGAAGAAGCUUCUGCCAUCCAACAAGUCAGUAGCCUGGCAAGUAGGUCCAGUCAGGAUCAGAAAGAAGCAGAACAUCAGUGGACUGAAGAGGUACAGAUGGAAUCAGAACCAAAAUGGAUUAAAGAAGAAGGGAAGGAACCAGAACCUGCACUGCUCAAUCAUGAGGAAAUAGAAUAUCCACUAAAAUACGUAAGAAAAGAGGAGCUAGAUUCUUCCGUGCUUCAACAUGAACAGCAGCCACCAGAACGUUUACCAACUGGACAGGACCAGAAGAACCUCUGCAGCAGUCAGGAGGGAGAGCAGCUUGUCCAGAAACAGUUUGCUGCUUUGAUUCAGACUUCCACUCUUCAGGAAGAUGAUACAAGUGAAGAAGAGAGAACAGAGCAGCUUUCCCUUCAUAUCUCUCCAGUGAUUGAGAGCAAAAAUCAGGAAGGAAGCAGCUCAUCUGAGUCAGAGAGUCAGUCUGGUACCAGUACAAAGAACAGAUCUUUUAAAUGUGAUGUUUGUGGAAUAUGUUACACACGACAGUGGAUGUUGAAAAAACAUUACAGAACCCACACUGGUGAGAAUAUUUCAUGUGAAACAUGCGGAAAAGGUUUCUCACAAAUUUGUGAUUUAAAAAUCCACAAGAAAAUUCAUACAGGUGAGAAGCCUUUUUCAUGUCAGUUUUGCGGAAAAACCUUCUCUCUCAUUCACAAUUUAUAUCGCCACAGGAGUAUUUAUACAGACCUCCAACAGCCUAGUGUCUCCAAUGAGGAAGAAGCUUCUGCCAUUAAACGAGUCUGGAGCCUGGCAAGUAGAUCCAGUUAUGACCAGAAACAACAUCAGUGGACUGAAGAGGAACAUAUGGAACCAGAACCAAAAUGGAUUAAAAAAGAAGAGGAGGAACCAGAACCUGCACUGCUCAAACAUGAGGAAAUAGAAUAUCCACUAACAUAUGUAAGAAAAGAGGAACUAGAGUCUUCAGUGCUUCAACAUGAACAGCAGCAACCAGAACAUUUACCAACUGGACAGGACCAGAAGAACCUCUGCAGCAGUCAGGAGGGAGAGCAGCUUGUGCAGAAGCAGUUUGCUGCUUUGAUUGAGACUUCUACUCUUCAGGAAGAUGAUAUGAAUGAAGAAGAGAGAAGAACAGAGCAGCUUUCACUUCAUAUCUCUCCAGUGACUGAGAGCAAAGAUCAGGAAGGAAGCAGCUCCUCUGUGUCAGAGAGUCAGUCUGAUACCUGUACAAAGAAAAGAUCUUUCAAAUGUGACAUUUGUGGGAGAUGUUACACACGACAGUAUAAAUUGAAAAACCAUUACAAAACCCACACUGGUGAGAGACCUUUUUCAUGUGAAAUAUGCGGAAAAAGUUUUUCUCUAAGUUAUAUUUUAAAAUGUCACAAGACAACUCAUACAGGAGAGAAACCUUUUUCAUGCCAGUCAUGUGGAAAGAGUUUCUCUCGAAUAGGUAAUUUAAAGGACCACAAAAGAAUUCAUACAGGAGAGAAACCUUUUUCAUGUCAGUCAUGUGGAAAGAGUUUCUGUCAAAUGAGCAUUUUAAGUCGUCACAAGAAAAUUCAUACAGGUGAGAAGCCUUUUUCAUGUGAAUCAUGCGGAAAGAGUUUCUCUCUAAUUAACUAUUUAAAUGACCACAAAAGAACUCAUACAGGAGAGAAACCUUUUUCAUGUCAGUCAUGUGGAAAGAGUUUCUGUCAAAUGAGCAUUUUAAGUCGUCACAAGAAAAUUCAUACAGGUGAGAAGCCUUUUUCAUGCCAGUCUUGCAGAAAGAGUUUCUCACGAAUUAGUCAUUUAAAUCGUCACAAGAAAAUUCAUACAGGUGAGAAGCUUUUUUCAUGCCAGUCUUGUGAAAAAAGCUUCAAUCGAAGGGAUCAUUUGGUCAUUCACAUGAAAACCCAUACAGGUCAAGGGCUGCUUUGAAGCCAAACCUGAGAAAAAGUUGCCUUUGAAAUUGGUCACUUAAUUAUUCUCAUUAGAACCCACAUGAAUGAGAUGGGUUUUUCAUGAAAUAUGGAGAAGAAAGUGUUCUUUCAUGCUGGUAAACUGAAUUUUCACAUAACACAAAUACACAAAUUAGUCAUUAACUCACACAGAUUCACUGUAAUAAAUAUUAAACCCUGUCUUGGAUUGUUUCACUUUUCAAACAUUAGACCUUCACCUAUUUUUGGUUGCCCAUUUAAGGAUUUUUUAGCAAAUUUUGUUAAAUUUUCUAAAGAAUAUUUAGAAUAUUCAAAGUGAUUUCAACUGGCUUGGAAGUGGAAAUAUUGAAGGUCUACGCUACUUGACAUGCUACUGGCUGACUUUUGCAAAUUAG